UCAUAUGAUUCUUCCAUCUAUUACCCUACAUAAAAUUCAGAUAAUACAACUUAUUACUACAUAACCCAAAUUAUAACACAUUAUAUUUAUUUCUCAUCAUAUUUAAGAUUUUUUUUUAUUUAGUAAAAACUUACUAUUUUGAGAUACAUACUUGAAAUGGAAGGUAAAAAAGAUAUGUUUAGUUGGGAGCAGAAGACACUACUAAGUGAGCUCAUUCUUGGACUAGAAGCGACCAAAAAGCUUCAGGCACGGCUUGGAGAAUCUUCUCCGGCGUCGGAGACGAACGGGAAUCUUCUCAAGCAGAUACUUUCUUCCUACGAGAAAUCUAUUGCCAUUGUAAACUGGUCCACCUCGCCGCCCGUACAACUUAUUCCAAAGGCGGUUGGUGUAGCUCCGGUGACAAAGUCCGUCGGAUUUCCUAAAUCUCCGGCGUCUGUAAACGGAAGUCCGAGAAGUGAAGAGUUUCUUGAUGGAGGAGGUUCCAGCGAAACUCAUCGCCAAGAACAUAUUUUCAAUUCAAAGAAAAGGAAGAUGUUACCAAAGUGGACAGAAAAAGUGAGAAUAAACCCAGAAAGAGGCUUAGAAGGACCUCAUCAAGAUGACGUCUAUAGCUGGAGAAAGUAUGGGCAAAAAGACAUUUUAGGCGCCAAAUUCCCCAGGAGUUAUUACAGAUGCACACACCGUAGCACACAGAACUGUUGGGCAACAAAGCAGGUCCAAAGAUCAGACAGUGAUCCAACUGUUUUCCAAGUGACUUACAGAGGAAAACACACUUGCGCACGUGGGACCUUAGCAGCUCCUCCUCCACCAGAGAAGCAAGACACUAGAACCCAACCAAUCAUUGCUCAAAAGCCUAACGAGAUUCUCGAGAGUCUCAAAACCAGCUUAACUGUUCGAACCGAGGGGCUUGACGACGUUUUCUCGUUCCCUAAUACGCCGCCGUUAUACGAUUACGGGAAUACCAACGACUAUUUCGGUGGAGUCAUGGAGAGUUCACCUAUCUUUGAUGUUGCUGAGUGGUUCAAUCCAACGAUCGAGAUUAACCCGGAUUUUCCCACGUUUUUACCAGACUCGAUUUAUUAUUAAAAACAAAAUUGUAACAGAGAAUAACACUUGUCAUCCUGGGAAAAUCACUUUAGUAGAUAACUUAUAUUCAUCAAAGCAUAGAAAUAUUCAAAACUAUUUCACGUAGUCGAUAACUUGUAUCCAUUUUUUCUGAUUAAAAGAUUAAUAAGAAUUUUUU